UUAUUUAAGCCUACACCAUAUACUCUCCAUUUUAUCUUAGAAGAAAAGCUCCCCCAGCCCCUCAACAAAAGCUCCACCCUUUACCGGCGCUGGCGCCUCGGCCCUCCUGCCGGAAUCAUGUCAGAAAAGUGUAGCCACCACAAGAGCAAGAGGCGAAAGCUCCUCUGGCGGUGGUUCUCCGCGAUUCUCAUCUUCAUCUUCAUCAUCCUAGUGAUCAUCCUCCUCGUGUUCGCCAUUCUCGAGCCCAAAAGCCCCCGUUUCGUCCUCCAAGACGCCACCGUCUUCAACCUCACUGUGUCGACCGCCACCCCGAACAUCAUCUCCACCAGCAUACAGGUGACCAUCUAUUCCCGGAACCCCAACGACAAAAUUGGCAUUUACUACGACAAAAUGGAUGUCUACGCCACAUAUCACCACCAGCAAAUCACUUAUUUCACAUCCAUCCCACCAGUGUACCAGGGCCACAAGGACGUGAACCUAUGGUCCCCUUUUGUCUAUGGAGAUAACGUGCCGGUGGCGCCGUUCAAUGGCUUGGCCCUGAGCCAGGACCAGAGCAAUGGUGUCAUACCGGUCGUGUUCAAGAUUGAUAGCCGUGUGAAAUGGAAAGUUGGUUCGUUCGUCACCGGCCGAUACCACCUCCACGUCAGCUGUCCGGCGUAUAUAUCUCUCGGAAACAACCAGAACACCGGAAUAUGGAUCGGAAAUGCAGUUAAGUAUCAAAUUUCUCAGAGUUGUAGUGUGAGUAUAUGAUAUGAAGAUGAAGAAUUGUAAAUUUUGCAUAUGAAUAAAAACUGCAAAUAGAUGAAAUUGAGGUCAUACAAAAGCAAAAUUACAAUUCUGUAAUUAUUGUUUAAUGAUUAUAGUUAAUUAAUA